UAUGAAUCAUAAUGAUAAGAUAUAAUAGCAAAAUUAAAAGAGAUUCGUUUGUUACCGUGCUGCCUACUAGACAGAUUCAACUUAAAGAAAAAUGACGAUUGACCUCUACUACAGUCCAAGUGGAUCCUCCUGUAGGAUAGUCCUUUUAGCAGCUAAGUCUCUUGAUGUAGAAUUAAACUUGAUACCUGUAGAUAUCAUGAAUCCAGAAAGUUUUACCCCAGAAUUUAUUAAACUAAACCCGCAACAUUGUGUACCAACACUCAAUGACAGUGGUUUCGUAAUUUGGGAGAGCAAGGCUAUUAUAACGUAUUUGCAAAACCAGUAUGGAAAAAACGAUGACCUGUACCCAAAGGAUCCGAAAAAACGAGCAACUGUUGACCAGAGGCUGUUUUUUGACACCGAUUUAUAUGCACGUUUUCAUGAAGUUUAUACUCCUAAAACUUUCGCUGGUUUACCACCCGACCCAGAAGCACUUGCUAAUGCCAACAAAGCUUUGGAUUUCCUAGAUGAAUUUUUGGUGAAAUCCGAAUACGUCGCAGGCGACAGUCUUACGUUGGCUGACUUGUCGUUAGUUGUCCAAAUUUCCAAUUUAGAACUACUUGGACACGAUAUGUCACCCUAUAAGUAUAUUAAUAGAUGGUACGCAAAAGUCAAAGCGAUUGCUCCGGGUUACAAAGAAGCUAAUGAAGACAAUUUGGUAUACGUUAAACAGUUAAUGGGUCAUUUUGCGCAGGCCGAUGAGUAAACAUGCAAUAAAUAAUUUGUUUUAUCUCUAAUACAAUAAAAUAACAACAAUUGUUAGCAUUUGGUAAGGUACAGUUUU